AUGGAUCCUUUUCCUGCUCCGCAAAAUCCGACUUCUGUCCUAAACGUCAUUCCAGACUUUCGCGAAUUUGAUCUCACACGGAAUAGAGAAUGCCAUUAUGUGGGAUUUGUAAUUUUCUGCGAUUUGCCCGAUUAUAGUGGUAACAUCGGUAUCAUGAAGGGCCACCUAGUCAAUCGUGCACAUGCAGAAGAAGCAGAAUUUGGAAGAGCAAUGGCAUUUAUAGAUACUGAAUGCAGCCUAGAAAUGGCGAGCCAGAUAUUUGAUGAAUAUGGUCAACUGCAACAAAAGUGGUUCCUAGGGUCUCGCAAAGGCUCGGGCAUUUGGGAUGCUCGUGUAAACAUUGGCAAUUUUCUUAUGAUUGAUUUAGUGAAAGUUGAAGAACAGUAUCGUCGCAAAGGCUUUGCAAAGUUUUUGGAGGACUGGAAGGGCAGCGAGACAGAUGCGAUUGCAUUUUGGAGAGCAGUGGGUUUCAAAAGAAUUGGACUGUCACACGUAUUCUGUUUUGCAAUGUCAAUGGACGACAGAUCGAAGGUGCCCGACACGGAAAUAGAGGACGCAGAAAGAGAUACAUAUGAUUCUGAAGCUUCAUAUUCUACAGAAGAUGAAUUUUCUUCGGCAGAGCAAAGUCAUGAAGAUGAAUCAUCGCCCCGGUCGCUUGCAUCUGGGGAAUUGAACGAGCUGGGCGAGCCCCAACUGCCACCCUCUAAUCAAGAUAAUGCAUCGGAACAGUCCAACAGCCCAAGUCCAGCCAUCAAUGAAGAAGCUCUAGCGGUGGAGUUGUUCAGCCCAAAUGUUCAAAGUUCGCACACUAGUGUCGAAGAGCCAAUUAUGAGCAUGGAAAAUUCAAUGAGAAAUCCUCGUCAGGGGGAUGAUAAUGAAGAUAGUGAGGAAAUGCCCCUCCUCUCGCCGUCAGAGGAUUUGAGUUCUCGUUUUAAGAGUUGCUGUGGAUUAUCGGUAUGGUUUAAUGGAACAUAG